GACCAAUGGUGUGGUACCAGAUGUUCGAAUACGCAAUUGGUCACUGGCUGCAGAAGGCUACCGAGCACAUGAUCGGCUGCGUACUUUGCAGUCCCGGAUGCUUCUCGCUGUUCCGUGGCAAGGCUCUGAUGGACGACAACGUGAUGAAGAAAUACACAACUAAAUCCGACGAAGCGAGACACUACGUGCAAUACGAUCAGGGCGAGGAUCGUUGGUUGUGCACGUUGUUGUUGCAACGAGGGUACAGAGUGGAAUAUUCAGCUGCGAGCGACGCUUAUACUCACGCACCGGAAGGAUUCAACGAGUUCUACAACCAACGGCGUCGCUGGGUACCCUCCACGAUCGCGAAUAUCAUGGAUCUGUUGAUGGACGCGAAACGCACAAUCAAGAUCAACGACAAUAUCUCGCUGCCUUACAUCUCUUAUCAGAUCCUGCUGAUGGGUGGUACAAUCCUGGGACCCGGCACGAUCUUCCUCAUGUUGGUGGGAGCUUUCGUGGCGGCCUUCAAGAUUGACAAUUGGACCAGUUUCUAUUACAACAUUAUCCCCAUCUUGCUCUUUAUGAUCAUCUGUUUCACGUGCAAAUCAAAUGUGCAGGUAUCCAUUUUUCCAUUUUUUCACGCACGUUGUCCGCUUUUCGUUGCGCAUUGUGUUCGUCUCUUUCGCUCGCAAUUCGUGUCUUCAUAAUCAGAAUUCUUAAUUAACGUACAAUAUAUCGCAUUACAUUAAUUUCUCAGAGCGCGGAAAUCGGACUUGGAUUUAUCCAAAAGAGCUAAAAUAUAUAUCAUGUCUCUCGCAUAAUUUUCAGAAAAAGAAAAUUACUAUAAAUGUCACAUCGGGGAAUAAGACUUUUUUUACAUCGCAAAGCGCUGUAAAUCCGUUUCACAGAAAAAGAAAAUUAUUUUUAUGGAGAAACUGGUAUUUACGAUC